CAUCAAAUACGUGGUCAAUAACUCACUAUAACAUGAUAGCUAAAAGGAAAAAUGGACCGCAUCGCCGAACUCUUCUGAACCCGGCCACCUGGCUUGUAUUAAUACAGAGCAACACACUGAUCUGGCUCACACAGACACGGUACGCCUCCUUCUUGUUUGAUUUCUGUCCAUGGGCGCUCACGGCAGCGAUAGCUUCGUCACUAUACCCCUUCUCUUUGAUGAAGAGCCCCUUCCUCUGCCCAAUGCCUCCAAAGCUGAUCCGCACGGCGCUGUUCCAUCCCCCACCUCCUCCUUCUUCAAGACCUGCUUCCAUGGCAUCAACGCAAUCUCAGGAAUUGGCAUAGUGUCCAUACCCUACGCAGUGGCGUCGGGAGGAUGGUUGAGCUUAUCGCUGCUAUUUCUCAUCGCCAUAGCUUGUUACUACACCGGCAUCAUGGUCCAAAGAUGCAUGGACAUGGACCCUGACAUUAGGACCUUCCCCGACAUAGGCCAGCGCGCAUUCGGACACAAAGGAAGGCUCAUGGUCUCCAUAGCCAUGAACUCUGAGCUCUACCUGGUUGUCGCGGGCUACCUCAUUCUAGAAGGCGACAACAUCAACAAGCUGAUACCAAACCUUGAGAUUGACAUAGGAGGGUUCACGAUUGGAGGACCCACACUUUCUGCCAUUGUCGCUGCACUUAUUAUUCUGCCUACUGUGUGGCUGCAAGACUUGAGCCUGCUCUCUUAUGUGUCCGCAACUGGGGCCUUGGCUUCUACAGUCUUCCUCUUGUCUCUCUGGUGGAAUGCUGCUCUUGAUGGAACUGGGUUUCAUGGCAAAGGAACUGUGUGGAGAUGGGGUGGGAUUCCUAAUGCUGUGGGUUUAUAUGCCUUCUGCUACAGUGCUCAUCCGGUGUUGCCCACUCUUUAUACUUCCAUGAGAAACAGAAGCCACUUUUCCACUGUUUUGCUUGUAUGCUUUUCAUUAUGCACUGUUGGUUACGCAGCGGCAGCCGUAUUGGGAUACCUCAUGUUUGGACAAGACGUCCAAUCCCAGAUAACCCUAGACCUUCCCGCAGGCAAACUCAGCUCAAGAGUAGCCAUAUACACCACCCUGGUCAAUCCUAUAGCCAAAUACGCCUUAAUGCUCACCCCAACAAUAAACGCAGCAAAAGGUAUGGUCCCUUCACAUUACAACAAGAGACUGACCCAUCUGGUAGUGAGCACCUCCAUGCUCAUCAGUAAUCUCAUCGUAGCAGUCUCUAUUCCCCUCUAUGGAUACCUCAUGGCACUUGCAGGAGCAUUACUUUGCGUCUCCACUUCAAUACUGGUCCCGUCAGUUUGCUACUUGAAGAUUUCUGGAGCUUACAGGAGAUUUGGUUGUGAUAUGAUCAUCAGUUAUUCGAUAAUAGUGAUGGGGGUUGCGAUUGCUGUUGUUGGUACUUACACGUCUCUUCUGGACAUAAUAGGCCACUUGUAGAAUUAUGUCAGCGAACAGUAUUUGAUUAAUUUGCACGAUUAAGGUGAAUGUGUGUAUUAAGAAAGACAAAGGCGUAUGACUUAAUCAAAGACCUGGCGCGGUUUUGCGUCAUAGGAAGUUAAAUAUACCUAUAAGCUAUGCUUUGUCGACGUAGACGUUAUGUUUUGUGUUCAUGUGAAUAUUUAUAUAGACGUGCCUUUUCGUAGACCAGUUAUUAGAGUAUCUUCUCUCAGUACAUAGAGAUUAAUAUAUAUUUGUGUAUAAUUAAAGUCAGUUAAUGUAGCUGUAUGAAUUAUAUAUGUAAUUAAG